GCAGUUGUUUCAAAUAAAACAGAAAUGAUAAGACUAUUUCAGACUUUCUAUCUUUUCUUGGCAUUGCCUAGUCUGGUGACUUUGAAUCGGAUAUAUGUUGAAAAAUCACUUUGUAAUGAAUUCGUUGGACGUGCGAAUACUGCUUUGGAAAAUUUGUAUGGUGCAGCAGUAAAUACAAAUUCGGAUUUAGCACAAUGUAUGGAACUGUGUAGAAACUCUGAUCAUUGCACAAGUUUUCACUAUAAUAAGGCAAGUAAAGAUUGUACAACAAAGACAUAUGGUUCCUACCAAGGUGGUCUAUUAACUCAAGAUAACAGCCUAUUCUAUACUAAAAUAACUAAUCCAGACUGCGAAAAUUGGAUUGAUACAGCAAAUAAAAUUGUCAAUAGUUGCGAUCCUUGCGUUCUCUCUGAUUUGCAAGGUGUAACGGUAGAAAAGUGCAGGGAAGAAUGCUUCAAAACUACCAAUUGCCAAUCAAUCAACCAAAAUGGGGCUGAUUGCGGCCUCCUUUCAUCAGUUGCAGCUGUCAGUGCGUUAUUUUACCAACCACCAGCAAAUAAUCUUCUAAAACCUCAAUGUUUAACUAUGAUUCAUGUUUCAACUAAGAAUAUUUGCUCUCGAAAUCAGAUUACGUCACUUGGAGAUGGAAUUUUAGAGUGUCCACCGGAAGUGAUAAAGAUUCCGCUAAACGGUCAAAUUAUCUAUACAAUCUUACAAGCUGUUAAUGAUUCUUUCGAGGUGGCAAUCUCGAAAUUGGACAACGAUAAAUGCUGGAAUAUUGCAGUAACAAAUAAUCCAAACAAUAAAUCCGUAUUGUGUAACCUUAAGAGUGGGGAAGAUAACUUGUGCAAAUUUGAAUGUUUCGGUCAACAGUUCAACAAAAUAAUUGUUAAUUGUUUAUCAAAUUAUUGUAAUAUUUGCGAGAUUGAAAUCACUUCUAAGGAUAAACUUGUUAAUGUAUGCAUAUAAAAUUUCCAAUCUUAAUAUAUUCACAAUUAUGUUGAUUCGCACAAAUAUUAUUAAUAAAUUGGUACAUUUGUGAUAGGGUCAUGUGACACGGUUAUAGUUACAGUAUAUUCAAUAAUUC